GCCCUGGCUGCAGCCCCAGCCAGCCUUGGCGGCCUGCGGGCGGCGCUCUCGGGUGGAGGCGGCCGCCAGGAUUGCUGUGUGCUCGCCCUGCCAUCAUCAUCCAUCCGCACCCAAGGCAUCAGCGACCCCUCCUCCUUCAACAGCGCCGUAACUCCUCCCAACACCGGCAGCAAUGGCGACCCAAACUCGAACCGGAGCAACCUCCUCCAUUUCGGAUGCUGUCUCGCUCUUCAAGAUCAACUCGGUCCGAAAGCAAGGCCACGACAUUGACGAUCCAGCCGAGAUCUUGGAAAAAAAGCUCUAUGUUGGCUCUGCAGACCAUGCGGCAUCGAUCCAUGUCCUGCUGCGCCUCGGCAUCACCCACAUCGUCAAUGCCUCAGGCCUCUGCCGAAACUUUUUCGAGAAUGUGCAGGACUGGGACGCCGAGGCCGAGAGAGCCGGGAUUCUGAUCAGUGGCGAUUCCGCCAGCGAAGCAAAAGCUGACGAGAAAACCCCAGCUGAUGGAAGCGGUAACGAAGGCAGCAGAGGCACCGACAGCGGCAAUGGUAGCGACAACGUCAGCGGUAAUGCCAAUGGCUCCCAGCCGAACCCCGCUGCAGCCAACCCCAGAUCGACCCAGGGCAUUCGCCUCGUCUCGCUUCCGCCCAACCCAAAGUAUCUGAAGCUGCAGAUCAGCGACACGCCGACGCAGUCGCUCAAGGCCUCUUGGGAGGUUUGCUGCCAGUUUGUAUCUGAGGCCUACGAGAGCAACGAAAAUGCCAUUGUGCUGAUCCACUGUCAAGCCGGUAUCUCGCGCUCGACUUCUUUGACGAUUGGAUAUCUCAUGAAAUGCAAGGGCAUGUCGCUCAACACCGCCUAUGAGCUCACGAAGAGCAGACGGCGACAGACCCGACCCAACAACGGCUUCCUUCGUCAGCUCAUCAACCUGCAUCAGCAGCUGUACCCUAACGACAAUGGCGACGGCGCCUCGGUCAUCUUUCAGCUGAUUCCCGGCGGUGCCCCGCGCGCGGUCUCUGCCUUCCUUGAGUCGCAGAAACGGCAGAGCGAAGCUGUCGACUCGGCUAGCCUCGUCCAGGGCAUCCAACGAGUGAUGCGGACAUCGAAUGCCAGCCCCAUCGAUGUGCUCGAAGCCAUCUUCACCACCUUUGUCAACACGAGCGACCGCACAUCGAAUCUGCUCGUCGAUCUUUUCCUCAAGAACGCCAUCGAGCCCGAGUCGUUCAUGAGCACUCUCUGCAACAUACUCGACAAGCCAAAGUACGAGCUGCUCGUUGCCAGCAGCGGUCUUGCCGGCGACCCGACCACCGAGGACCGGAUCGAGACACUGGCGCUGCGCAUCUCGCAGCUGAUUGUGUGUGGAUGCAUCCCAAGCCAGUUCUGGAGUGUCCAUAUGGGCAACGCCCGGUGGACCCUCGAUCUGCAGCGGCGCUGCAACCAGAUCCUCGCAGACGACUCGGACGAAUCUAACGGAAAGAGCAAAGAUGAUGACGCAGCCCAGAAGACCGGCAAGACCAACUAUGCCCGCAAGCGGUUGAGCUCGUCGUGAUGCCCAAAAGCUGUUGCACCACAGGCGCACCCUGGAUCCGAUUCGCUGCGCCGACCCACGUCCCGAAACCCAGAAUACUGCCCCCAUCAACAUGAACCGCGGGUGGAUGUCUCCUCGCGAGCCAAGCACACUCUGGUUCCGCACUGCUGCCUCGCCCAUGGGCCUGGCAAUCUGUUGCCACGCCUGCCGACUGCAAUGCUGCCAGAGCCGAACCUGCUGGCCCCUUUGCUCGUGUCCAUGGAACUCACGCACCAAUAGUACUCAUGCAUCAACAGUCGUA